AUGGUUAAGGACUUGAAGACGAAGAAUAGAUUGAAUAUGCUAGGGCUGGUUGAAACUAAAAAACAUGUUGUGACGAGAUUUAAUGUUGCACGUCUUUGGGGCUGUAAUAGUGUAAGUUGGGAAUAUGUUGCUUUCGAUGGUGCUUCGGGGGUCUUAUUAAAGAAUAAUUUCAAUUGUGCAUUCUUUUUGGUUUAUGGUGCUCAUGUUAGAGAGGAAAAACUUGUUGUGUGGGAGGAGUUGAGCUAUGUUGCUGGUUUAUGUCAGGUCCUGUGCUGCUUCAUGGGGGACUUUAAUGAGAUUGUCCAUAUAGAGGAAAGAAAAGGUGCUGGUAGUUUAACUGUAGCUGCUGAAGAGUUUAAAUCUUGGAUACAGGAUAUGCACUUGGUGGACUUGCCGCUUAAUGACCGUAAAUAUACAUGGUUUAGAGGCUGCUCAUGUAUUUGGAUUGAUAGAGUGAUGGUCAGCCUGGAAUGGGUUGAGGAAUUCCCAAAGACUCGGUUAAGAGGAAGACCAAGGGGUUUGUCAGAUCACUGUCCAUUGAUAGUAGAAGAUACUAAGAUGAGAGACGGCCCAAGACCUUUUAGAAGUCUUGACUCAUGGUUUACUCAUGAAGGUUUCCUAAGAAUGGUUAAAGAGGAAUGGAAGGGUUUAGGGGAGAUAAACUUCACAGACAAAUUGAAGGCUUUGACAGCUCCUCUGGGAAGAUGGCACAAGGUCAAUUUUGGGAACAUGGAUACUAAAAUUCUGCAGUUUGAUGAAGAGAUAAAGAAGUUGGAUGACAAAGUAAGUAGUGGGGUGUAUGAUGGAACAGUGGAGGGAAGAAGGAAGGCGUUGGUAACCUGCUGUAAGGGAUGGUAUGUCUGA